AUGGAUAGAAAAGUGCGUGUAAUUAGCAUUUUGCUCGGUUGUUUGGCGCUGUUCGGCAAUGGCCAAUCCGUGGUCGAACGUGACCAGCCUGAGCUGAUGCGAGUGCAGGAGAAUACGGUCAAUGAAGCUGCCCACGACUUCCCCGCGAAGGAUUACGGCCCGCAUGAGGUGACUCCCUUCCUGGUUGGUGGUGGACCAGCAGCAGCCGGAGCGUACCCGGCCCAGGUCGCCGUACAGAUCGGCACGACCACGUUCUGCGGUGGGUCGAUCCUGAACCAGAACCACAUACUCACCGCGGCCGGUUGUGUGCUGGACGCGAACAACAACCUGAUCGCCGCCAACCAAGUGACGGUGCGGGCCGGCGUACUGACGGUGGACCAGAAUGCACCGGCGCUGGCCGUCAACCGGAUCUUCCCCCAUCCGCAGUACAACCCGUGGACGUUCGAGAAUGACAUUGCCGUGAUGCGGCUGACGAACAACAUCGUGUUUCCGCAGCUGGCCAAUCCGAACAUGGCACCGGCCGAGCUGAACCACCGGAUCGUGCGCGAUGCGGACAUCUGCCAGGUGCUUGGCUGGAAUUGGUUGCCCACGGCGCAGACUGUCCCACUCCAGGUGCUGAAUGUUGCGUACGGGUCUCGCGCUACCUGCACCGCCCAGCACCAGGGCAUGCUGCGAGAUUCGAUGGCCUGCACGGAGCUGACGGUCAAUACGCACGGCAUCUGUGCGGCGAACCGUGGCGGUGGUCUGUACUGUAACGAUCUGCUCACCGGUGUGAUCUCGUUCGGGUUCGGCUGUGGCACGAACGUCACGUACACGGUGCACACCCAGGUCCGAUACUAUCACAACUGGAUACAGCAGCAGUUCGUGCGCACGGACAUACCGGUCGCCGGUCCUACUCCGUUGCCGGGUGUGGGAGGAGGUGGAGGUGGAGGUGGUGACGCCAGCACCAUCACCCUUUCCCUAGCGACCGUCAUGGUCGCGAUCGUAUCCGCCCUAUUCCUCAACUAA